AAAGAAGUGUAUUGGAUGAUGUGCAAAAAUGAAAGUGGACAAAUAUAGUGGGACGGAGGGAGUAUUAAAUACGGAGUAUAUUGUUAUUGGUUUCUUGACAUGGUAUGAAAGUCUUGUUCACAAAAAGGUCACAGAUUCGAAAUUCAGCGUCACCCAGUUUUUUUAAAAAAAAUUAAAGUUUCACGUGCAAGGCUCAAAAAAGAUUAUGUCUGCACUUAGUGCACCGGUUGGAGUUUGUUAUGGGAGAGUAGGAGACAACCUCCCACCGCCGUCAGCCGUCGCCAAGGCAGUCCAGUCCACCGGAAUUUCAAGAAUCCGGCUGUUCAAUCCCAAUGCCGAAGCUCUAAACGCAUUUUCCGGCACCGGAAUCGAGCUCAUGGUUGGCGUGCCCAACGAAGUUCUCCCCACGCUGGCCAACGACAACGUGGAGAGCUCCGUACAAUGGCUCCAAUCCACCAUCUUCGCCCACAUUCCACCCACCCAAGUCGUAUACUUAGCCGUCGGCAAUGAAAUCUUCCAAAACGACCAAUCGUUUUACUCCCCGUUCCUCGUGAACGCGAUGGUCAAUGUCCAUCAAGCCCUACAAAAGCUAGGGUUUCCGUGGAUUAAGGUGUCGACGCCACACGCCGCGUCGAUUCUCUCUAGGUCUUACCCUCCAUCCGCUGGGGCGUUUGACCCCACCCUAACCCCACUCCUAUUGCCAUUGUUACAUUUUUUGCGCGACGCCACGUCACCGCUCAUGGUCAACGUGUACCCGUACUUCAGCUAUGUCAGCGAGCAGAAGUUCGUGUCACUGGACCGAGUCCUAUUCAGGUCCACUGACACGGAAACUGACAACAAUUUAAGGUACGACAACAUGUUCGAUGCGACGGUUGACGCGUUCGUGUACGCCCUGGAGCGAGAAGGGUUUGGGGAGGUGUCGGUCGUGGUUAGCGAGACCGGUUGGCCGACGUCGGGCGGCGAGGCGGCGACUUUGAGCAAUGCAUUGGCUUACAAUGGGAAUGUUGUGGCAAGGGCAUUGGGAAAUGUGGGAACCCCUAAAAGGCCAGGGUUAGGGUUAGAGGUUUUCUUGUUUGACUUGUUUGAUGAGAAUGGGAAGGGUGGCAAUGAGGUGGAGAAGCAUUUUGGGAUUUUCCGUGAUGAUGGCGUCAAAGCAUAUGACAUCAACUUCAAUUAAAAUUUCUAAUACUCCGUAUAUUUCUUGUAAUGUAAUUUUGAAUAGUUUUUUUUAAAUGUAGUUUUGGAUAAUGCAAUUUGUAUCUUUUUGAUAUAUUAAUUUGUAAAAAAAAGUAAAUUUGGAAGGACGAGACUUUUUACGUUAUUCGAAACGGGUAGAUAAAAAAUAGACAGAGGGAGUAUAUCAAAUUAAAGAACAAAUAGAACUUCUCCCC